AUGAAGCUGCCCGUCGCCCCUACCGAUCCAACGAUUCUGUGCCCCUCUACGGCCGGCUGGUACGUGUGUGCGCCACGUACGUCCCACUUCGAGAUCCGGGUGUCACCCUUAUUUGGGUCGCUCACGAAAAAGCGGUUUGCAUCGGCCUACGAUGACGUUUUGGUGUGGUUGUACGUGGACGGGGCUGUGUGCAACGUCGAAGGUAACAUAGCAACCAAACACAGUGAUAUAGUGUAUCAGGGGAUCAAACAGAUCGCAGACGGAGAUACAACGGUGGUAAGUAGGUUUAUGUUCCAGGCUGCCAAGAUGACUGAGGAAGAAGCGGUGAGAAAGGGGGAGGGUGAUGGUGGGCAGGACGAAGUGGGAACGAUCAGACUAGUGUUCAAGGGUGCGUACAAGGGCAAACACGAGCCUAUAGGGUACGAGCGGUACCAGAACCAUGUACACAAGGCUAGAGCCAAAGUGACUGAGAAGGAGGCUAUUAAGAAGGGCAAGAGUCUGGGGGUGGGCAAAGGCGCUGCGUUGAAUGUAAAGCGCAGCAAGCACGCAGACUUUGAAUAUCCCGAGCAUCUACAAACAGAGCUAUUCGAGCAUGAGAUUGUGAUACGGCUACGGGAAUGCUUUUGGAUGGAGAGUAGAAAGCUGGUUGAUGUUAAAGGAAGGGCUUGUACGCACAGCAUGAGUGGUCGGGAGGUGAAGGGAGAGAGUUCUGGGAAGAGACCGAGACUUCAGAGCGAUUGGGACCUCGGGAUCAAGAAUGAGGAUGGUAUCAUCGAUCUUUGCUAG